GCGUUUUCCUAAGAUAACCGAUUUCUGCUGAUCAGAUGGCAUGCUUUAGGCGACUGGCAGGACUGCUGCUGAUGACCUCAACAUGAAUUAUAACUUCAGGAAGCGAACCAAUUUCAUCGACUACAGCGAUGAUGCCGGAUCCCAGUUAAAGCUCACAGACUUGAAGAAAGUCGUUGUUCUUCCAGCAGGCACCUCUACCGUUUGCUUCACGGCAGAGAGCGUGCUGGAAGCCAAAGCUGUAUUAGACAACACUGAAAGCUCCCCUGCCCAGGUGCUUGGCAGCCUUAGACAGCUGAGCUGCCUUCUUGUGUCAAAGGCUGACCUGGAGCAGACAGGAGUUGCUUUCUCAGUGCGCAAGCUGCGCAAGAGCAGCCAUGAUGAAAUACAGCGCAUUGCAAGCAACCUCAUAGAGAAGUGGAAGAAGCUCGUGCUGGCAGAGAAACCAGUGCAGCGAUCAGCGCCAGUGCAGCAAUCAGUGCCAGUGCAGCAGAAAUUACAGAUGCAAUCUAGCGCAGAUGCACCCAUCGUAUUGACUUGAAGCUUCUAGACUUUCAAUAGAUUGCUAGCAGACUGUGCCAAUCUUUGAGGCCCUCAAAGAAUGUGCACCUACCCAAAUAACAACAAGAAAGCAUUACAGAAAUGGAGGAAAAUUGAAAAAUGCCAUCCUUGCCCAUUUUUAGUCCGCCCAAUCUAAAGGAGCACCUG